AUGUCGACAGGCAUGAGCCGCGCCGAGCGUUUCGAGGACGAGAAGCGACGCAUCAUCGAGAGCUGCUUCAGCAAGAGGGACGAAGACGGCUCAGUCCUCGAAACCUACAUAACGCACCUACGAAUCCUCGAGUUCUCGCAAUAUCCAACCAGUCCUCCUCCCCCUCAGUCGAGAACGCCCCAGUCAGAAAAACCCCGUGUCAUCAUCGUCGCCGUCCGAAAAUCUGGCCGGGUGCGAGUACACAAGACCAAGGAGAACGUUAAUGGCUCCUUUUCGAUCGGCAAGACCUGGAAUCUCGAUGAUUUGGCCGCGAUAGAAUCAUAUACCGGCCCCAACACCCCUCCCGACUUCCGACAAUGGGCUGGAGACAACGGCUUUCUUGUCACCCUUGGCAAGCCAUACUACUGGGAGGCACAGACUGACAAGGAGAAGAAGUUCUUCAUCGCCAGCCUGAUCAAGAUAUUUGGCAAAUACACUGGCGGCCGGGUCCCCUCCUUGUCUAAUUUCGACCAGCGCGAACUUGACCAAGUCCUCGGCGGGGCUGCGAGACGGGGGGCUGCGAGCCAGCAGACUCCUAAUCAACCAAGUCCAUCCCCUGCCCGGCCCCCUGCGUCUCCGGGCAGACCGCUGCCGCCGCCCUCGCCAGCGCGUCCACUGCUCCCUUCAGGCUCCAACCAGGCGCUCGGCUCGCAGUCUAGUGGACUAGAUGGAACUGCCGGCUCAGACUAUACACGAACGCCUUCCCGGAGCCCCAUGCCCCCCAAUGGCAACUCAUCACCGGCCUCGAGUCUUGCUCCUAGCGUCGACUCGACGCGGAACAUGCGGAGCCAGGAUGCUCCCCUAAGGCAGAGGCUGGGUGCCGGCAACAAGAGCCAAGACUCGGUUGCCAACUCGUAUAGGAGUGGUGAUGAAAGCCUGCGGCCGAGAUCUCGAGGAAGGCCAAAUGGGGCCCCGCCAUUCAACAAGACGCCCGAACAACCUCCGUCUGCCCUAGCUCCUGCAUUUGCCCCGAAACCAAACCCAAGACCUACAGGAGACAGGCCUCCGGAAAGGAAACGCCCCCCUAUGGACCCUUUGAGGCCCACCGGCUUACCACCAGACGAUGCGUUAGUGCCGGCUCCUCUAAGCAACACCACGAACCUGCGCCGUGUACCAUCUCGAGAUGUUCUGGAGCCCAGCUCGCCGGUUGCACCACCACCCAGAAGUAUUGAGCGCAUGUCGCCCAGGAAACCGCCAAGCUUUUCGCAACGUACAGAGCCAACUCCGGUGAUAGACCAGAUCGCUGCCGAACCUGUUGAGCCGCCGCCGCCUUCUCAACCUGUCGAACCUCUACCUCCAAUCGACACUGCACCUCCACCCCUUUCCGUGUCCACGAACGAGGUCAACAAAGACAGCCCGACUGUGCCAGCCUCCGCAUCCACACCGGUUGAGAGUCCAGUAGAUUCUCCUCUCUCGCCUGAAGAACACCGUCCUGGUCUUGGCCCAAUGAUUAAAGCGAAGAGGUCACAAAACAAAUUGGCAGGGGCUUUGUGGAAGGCAGCAGCAGCGUCUAGCGCAUUCAAACCCCGGGUCGGAGGAGCAGGUGAGAAGCUACUGAAAGCUGCCAAGGAGGAACAAAAUAAAGGACCAGACGGAAUCACGGCGGUCGUUCCUGCGCCGCCACGACCGAAGUCCAUCGAGAAGAAACCAGAGCCAGUACCGGAGGUCACGGUCUCUCAGGCAGAGCCCGCACCACUGGAGACUGCGAAGGACUUGAAACCGGAGCCGAAGGCUGAAUCGAAGAAGAUCCCAGAACCCGAGGUCAAGGAGGAGCGCAAAAAGUCUGUUGUGGUCGGCAAUGACCUCAAGUACCUGACGACCCUGGGCGUUGACCCAUCUGUAUUGGAUAACAAGACCUCCCAAUUUACGGAGUGGCUCGACUUUUUCUCUUGGGUACCAGGCGACAAAAUGCGGACACUUAAUCCCGACGAAAUGAAGUUUGACAUUGAACGAGAGCUGAACAAGGCACAAGCUGGGGGCUGGCUCGCUCGAUUUCAGGAGGAGGAUGAGCGUGUGGACGCUAUCAAAACCGGCAUUGACGCAGCAGUUGAUGAAUGUGACGAGCUGGACAAUCUCCUGACUUUGUAUACCGUCGAACUUUCCACCCUCCAAGAUGAUAUUGCCUAUAUCGAGGCACAAGGCCAAGGCCUUCAAGUCCAGGCAGCGAACCAAAAGCUGCUCAAGAAGGAACUCGAAUCGCUCCUCGAAACUUGCGCGAUCACUGCGAAUGAUCUGCAGGCCCUGUCAAUCGCUCCUCUCGAAACUGUUGAUGGCGUGGAGGAGGUCGAAACAGCACUGGUCACUUUGUACAAGGCCAUGAUCAAAAUCGACCCUAGCAUGGGCAGUGCUGACGAAGUCAAGACCGGAGAUGGCAGCAGCGACCAAGCCAUCGACUUCAACGGCGACUACGCGAAAAUGCGGGUGGUGCAGGAAAAGAGACAGAUGUACAUGCAGGAGAGUGCCAUGUUCAUGCAGCGGCUCGUCGAUUUCAUGGCCAAGCAGUUCAAUGUUGCAAAUGAUGAGGUCAGGAGGGCUUUGAAGGGUGCAUUGAACAAGAAGGUCGACCCACAGAACCAUGAUAUUGGGCGAGACAUGCUCUGGAAAUACGACCCGCUCAUGCUUUAUACCAGAGAUGCUGAUCUGGAAGUCUGGAAUCGGUUGAUACAGAUUUAUCAGGACGCGGCUCAUCCGACAUACAAGAUGGAAUUCCGUGACGCGCUGGAUUCGUGGAAGAGAAACGCCAGAAAGCCAGCCGGGGAAGAUGCGCUUUUGUUUUCGUCGCAGGAGGAGAAGAAAGAAGAAGGUCUUGCAACAGCCGCCCGAAAGCUUACGGUAAAGAGGAGCCAGACGCUUGCUAGAAUCCGCUCGCCUCUCGGAGAAGGCCCCAACCGACCUGCCAACAGCAGCGCAGCCGACCUGUCGCGAAGCUCACCCUACGAAAUUUUCGCGAAUGUGCUCGACGAUGUGCUGCCAUUGGUAGAGAUGGAGCAAAACUUUAUUAUCGACUUCUUCCAUGCCACAACUAUGGAGCAAGUCGAUUUCCCAGACGCCGUCGCCGCUAUCAGUCCUGGAGCCCGUAGGGGUAAUGACCUUAAGAGGCACAGGCUCAUGGAACCGGAUCGAGACCUAGCGAGAAGAGUGACAAGGUCUAUGGAAGUCAUCUUUCCGUUCCUCGAAAAGGAUCUGAGCAACAUGAUUGACUGGGUACUGGUACAGAGUCCACUGCAAGGUGUUGGGGUCAUGGCAACCCUCGAACGCAAGCUCGCCGACAUACAACAGUCCAACCAAGACUUCCUAAAUAGUGCCCUACAGAAAGUCCACGGCAAUCUGCUCGUCAAGUUCAAGAGAUUCGUCGAGGAACAAAUACGGGCCAUUGAGGACACCAAGGUCAAGAUUAAUAAGCGCAAAGGCGUGAUCUCGUUCAUGAAGGUGUUCCCGCCUUUCAGCAUGGCAGUGGAAAACAUGCUCUUGGGAAUUGACCCCAAUCUCAACGUGCGCCGCACCGUUGACCGCGAGUACGAUCGCAUUUUGAGGUCUAUGUUCGACUCCCUGAAAGUUAUCGCACGAGAGAAUCCAGCAGUGGGUGUCGCAGCAGCAGGUGCCGGGGCAGACCCGGAGGACAAGGAGGCCCUCAAUUAUCACAUCUUGCUCCUUGAGAACAUGAACCAUUAUAUUGAAGAGGUGGAAACAAGGGACGACGAAACACUCGAGAAAUGGAAACAUGCAGCUUCAGAUGAGAUAAACGAGCACAUGACGCGGUACAUUGACGCGGUGAUGCGUCGGCCCCUUGGCAAGCUCCUCGAUACCCUUGAAAACAUCGAAGGCCAGCUCAAGUCAGGCAAGGCACCAGCCGCUAUUGCCGCCCAGCCCUCCAACAGCAAGGCGACGUUCGACAAGGUGCUGCUACAUUACGACGCUAAGGAAGUGAGGAAGGGCAUCGAGGCAUUGAGGAAGAGAGUUGAGAAACACUUCGACGAGAACAACAGCCUGGCUCUCAAGGUGACGAAGUCGUGUGAGACGUACUAUACUGAGGUGGAGCAGAGGAUUACAAGGGUAGUCUCCGAGUUGUACGGUGGGGAAGUGCUUGUUGAGUGGCCGAGGCUGGAGGUGAAGAACGCAUUCCGGUGA